GGCGGCGGCGGGUGGGGAGCGGCGGUACCGGUACCUCCACGAUGCCAGGGAGCCUCUCCACGGCCCUGCGUGUCGUGGGGACCAGCCUCUUUGCCGUGGCGGUGCUGGGGGGAAUCCUGGCUGCCUACGUCACAGGGUACCAGUUCAUCCAUACGGAGAAGCACUACCUCUCCUUUGGGCUCUACGGGGCCAUCCUGGGGCUGCAUCUCUUCAUCCAGAGCCUCUUUGCCUUCCUGGAGCACCGGCGCAUGCGGGGUGAGGGGCAGCCAGUGCGGCCGGGGCGCUCUGUGGCCCUUUGCAUCGCUGCCUUCCAGGAGGAUCCCGACUACCUGACAAAGUGCCUGCGCUCUGUCAAGCGCAUUGCCUUCCCCGACCUCAAAGUGGUGAUGGUGGUGGAUGGAAACGGCCCUGAUGACACCUACAUGCUGGACAUCUUCCAUGACGUGAUGGGCUCUGAGCACUCAGGCAGCUACAUCUGGAGGAGCAACUUCCAUGCACAGGGCGAGGGAGAGACGGAGGCCGAGCUGCGGGAAGGGCUGGCCCAUGUCCAGGCGCUGGUGCGCAGCAACACCUACUCCUGCAUCCUCCAGAAGUGGGGCGGGAAGCGGGAGGUGAUGUACACGGCCUUCCGGGCGCUCGGAGACUCUGUGGACUACAUCCAGGUGUGUGACUCAGACACGGUGCUGGACCCCGCCUGCACUGCCGAGAUGCUCCGCAUCCUGGAGGCCGACCCCCGUGUUGGUGGCGUCGGUGGCGAUGUGCAGAUCCUGAACAAGUACGACUCGUGGCUCUCCUUCCUGAGCAGCGUACGGUACUGGAUGGCCUUCAACGUGGAGCGUGCGUGCCAGUCAUACUUCGGGUGCGUGCAGUGCAUCAGUGGCCCCCUGGGCAUGUACCGCAAUGCCCUCCUGCAGCAGUUCCUUGAGGACUGGUACCACCAGACCUUCCUGGGCAGCAAGUGCAGCUUCGGGGAUGACCGGCACCUCACCAACCGCGUGCUCAGCCUGGGCUACCGGACCAAGUACACGGCUCGCUCCAAGUGCCUGACGGAGACACCCACGCGGUACCUGCGCUGGCUCAACCAGCAGACCCGCUGGAGCAAGUCCUACUUUCGUGAGUGGCUCUACAACGCACUGUGGUUCCACAAGCACCACCUCUGGAUGACCUAUGAGUCGGUGGUCACUGGGUUCUUCCCCUUCUUCCUAAUUGCCACCGUCAUCCAGCUCUUCUACCGCGGUCGCAUCUGGAACAUCCUCCUGUUCCUGCUGACGGUGCAGCUGGUGGGUGUCAUCAAGGCCACCUACGCCUGCUUCCUGCGUGGCAAUGCCGAGAUGAUCUUCAUGUCCCUCUAUGCCCUCCUCUACAUGUCCAGCCUGCUGCCCGCCAAGAUCUUUGCCAUCGCCACCAUCAACAAGUCGGGCUGGGGCACCUCAGGGCGCCGCACCAUUGUGGUGAACUUUGUGGGGCUGCUGCCAGUGUCGGUGUGGGUGGCAGUGCUGCUGGGUGGGCUGGCUUACACUGCCUACAGCCAGGACCUCUUCAGCGAGACUGAGGUGGUCUUCCUCAUUUCAGGUGCCAUCCUCUACGCCUGCUACUGGGUGGCCCUGCUCACCCUCUACCUGGCCAUUGUCGCCCGCCGCUGUGGCAAGCGGGAGGAGCAGUGUGGACUGGCCUUCACUGAGGUCUGACUGCAGGGUGGUGCCACAUGCCAAGGGGUUCCUGUGUGCCAGAGCAAUCAUCCCCAGUCCCCUCUUCCCCCAUCCUGGAGCUGGGAUGGUAGAAGUGCCAGGUGCUGGGGUAUCCCUGUGUGCCAGAGCAACCACCCCAGAUCCCUUCUUCCCCCAUCCCGGAGCCACCAGGUGCUGGGCAGUGCCAGGAUAACUACCCCCAGUCCCCUUUCCCAUCCCAGAGCCAAUGGGCAGCGCUGAGCGCUCCUACCCCUUGGCAUUUCUCAGCAAAUCUUGAAAUCUUGCUAAUUUUUUUAUUGAUAUGUUUAUUUUUUCCUUAUCAUUUCUCCAUCCCAAGCUGGCUGUGGAGAAGCUGAGCCAGGGCUGCCCAUCACCCACCUGGGUGCCACUGGCCACAUCCCUGCUGUGCCCUAUGGAGCAUCCUGGUGCCGAGCGCUGCU